GUCCGUCCGUCUGUCUAUCGCUCGGCAUGUCUUCCUCUCGUCUGACGCUGCUGGCCGCCUGCGCGGUGCUGGUGUGCGCCGUGGCUCUCACGGAAGGGCUGAGGAUGGCCAGCGGUCCGAAGAAGUGCUGCUUCCAGUUCGAGGAGCGCCCGCUGCCCCUGAAGCGCGUGGUCGGCUACAAGAUGACCAACCCGCAGUGCACCAAGAGGGCUAUCCUGUUCAAGACCGUCACCGGCCGCCAGGUCUGCGCCCGACCAACCGACUCCUGGGUCCAGAGUCACAUGACCUACCUGGACGAGAAGCUCUCCCAAUCCCGCGCCCCCCUGUAAAACCCCUCCCAGAAUGCACCGGGGGAGGGGCCUUUCCUUCCCAGCGUGCACCUGGAACCCCCUGCGGGAAAAAACUCCUCCCUCCCCGCCGGGAUUCCCCUACGCCGUCGCGCUAACACCGCCGCGAGCCCCGGCGUCCUCUCUCCGACGCUAACCCCGCUAACCCUCCCUCUCUCCGAACCCCCGGCGUCCUCUCCGGACGCUAA